CCCGCCCUCCCCGCGAUGGCGGAAAGCGGCGCGGAUCCACCCGUGGCCUCGGCUGGCAGCGGCGUCGGCGUCGCGAGCGCGGAGACGGCGCCCAAGAAGGCGGGCUCGGCGGUGGGGCCCGUGGAGAUGAGCCGCGCCGAGAACCUGCAGCGCAUCGCGCAGAGGAAGGCGCAGGUGCGCGGCUACGCGCACAGCAAGAAGCUGGAGAAGCUGGGGGUCUACUCGGCCUGCAAGGCCGACGACUCGUGCAAGUGCAACGGCUGGAAGAACCCCAACCAAGCGCCGAACCCUCCCACUGUGGACGUGCAGCAGCACAACGUCGCCUCACUCAGCGAUCCCUGCCGCAGCUGUAAUCACGUCCUCGCCGACCAUGUGUCUCACCUGGAGAACGUGUCGGAAGAGGAGAUGAACCGGUUGCUGGGCAUCGUGGUGGACGUGGAGAACCUCUUCAUUUGUGUCACCAAAGAGGAGGACGCCGACACUAAGCAGGUCUUCUUCUACCUCUUCAAGCUUCUCAGGAAGUGCAUCCUGCAAAUGAGCAAGCCCGUGGUGGAGGGGCCACUGGGAAGCCCGCCCUUCGAGAAGCCCAGCAUCGAGAAGGGCGUGGCCAACUUCGUGCAGUACAAGUUCAGCCACCUGCCGCCCAAGGAGCGGCAGCCCAUGUACGACCUCGCCAAGAUGUUCCUGCGCUGCCUCAACUACUGGCGGCUAGAGACGCCCUCCCACCGGCGCGCCCGUGCCCAGACGGACGAGCUCUCCGCCUACAAGGUCAACUACACAAGGUGGCUGUGCUACUGCAACGUGCCGCAGUUCUGCGACAGCCUGCCCUGCUACGACACCACGCAGGUGUUCGGCCGCACGCUGCUGCGCUCCAUCUUCCCCGUGAUGCGGCUGCAGCUGCAGGAGAAGUUCCGCAAGGAGAAGGACAAACUCCCGGCGGAGCAGCGCACGCUCAUCCUCACGCACUUCCCCAAGUUCCUGUCCAUGCUUGAGGAGGAGGUAUACAGCUCCAGUUCUCCAAUCUGGGACGCCGAUUUCUCAGGCUCCGACGUCGCUGGCGCUCAGGCCGCUCUGCAGGCAGUGUCUGGAAGCCAGGGCCUCGGGACCCCCACGUCCAACCGGCAGUUCAGCUUCCAGUCGGGCGUGUCGUGUGUCACCGGCGAGCCGUCCAGCGCUAGCGGACUCAGCCCUGGCGUGCUCAGCCCCUGGAGGAAGGGGGAGGAAGGCGGCGCGGCCGGUGAGAAGCGCAAACUCGACGAGUCAAUGACUCUGGAAGAUGCCAAGAGGCAGCGGGUGAUGGGCGACAUCCCCAUGGAGCUGGUGAACGAAGUGAUGUCCACCAUCACGGACCCCGCCGCUAUGCUGGGGCCCGAGACGAGCCUGCUGUCGGCGCACGCGGCCCGCGAUGAGGCGGCGCGCAUGGAGGAGCGGCGCGGCGUCAUCGAGUUCCACGUGGUGGGGAACUCGCUCUCGCAGAAACCCAACCGCAAGAUCCUCAUGUGGCUCGUGGGGCUGCAGAACGUGUUCUCGCACCAGCUGCCGCGCAUGCCCAAGGAGUACAUCACGCGACUCGUGUUCGACCCGAAGCACAAGACACUGGCGCUGGUGAAGGACGGGCGCGUGAUUGGAGGGAUCUGCUUCCGCAUGUUCUCCACGCAGGGCUUCACCGAGAUUGUCUUCUGCGCCGUUACCUCCAACGAGCAGGUCAAGGGGUACGGCACCCACCUGAUGAACCACUUGAAGGAGUACCACAUCAAGCAGGGCGUGCUGCACUUCCUUACCUUCGCAGACGAGUACGCCAUCGGCUACUUCAAGAAGCAGGGCUUCUCCAAGGACAUCAAGAUCCCCAAGAGCAAGUACGUGGGCUACAUCAAGGACUACGAGGGCGCCACGCUCAUGGGCUGCGAGCUCAACCCCAGGAUCCCCUACACGGAGUUCUCCGUCAUCAUCAAGAAACAGAAGGAGAUAAUAAAGAAGCUGAUUGAGCGCAAGCAGGCGCAGAUCCGCAAGGUGUACCCCGGCCUCACGUGCUUCAAGGAGGGCGUGCGGCAAAUCCCCAUCGAGAGCAUCCCUGGCAUCCGUGAGACCGGCUGGAAGGCCAGCACCAAGGACAAGGGGAAGGAGCCUAAGGACAGUGAGCAGCUUUACAACACGCUCAAGAGCAUCAUGCAGCAGGUGAAGGGUCAGCCCAGCGCCUGGCCAUUCAUGGAGCCCGUGAAGAAGUCUGAAGCCCCUGAUUACUACGACGUCAUUCGCUUUCCCAUGGACCUGAAGACGAUGAGUGAGCGACUGAAGAACCGCUACUACGUGACCAAGAAGCUCUUCAUGGCCGACAUGCAGCGCAUCUUCACCAACUGCCGCGAAUACAACCCCCCCGAGACGGAGUACUACCGCUGCGCCAACACGCUCGAGCGCUUCUUCUACAACAAGAUGAAGGAGGCCGGUCUCAUCGACAAGUAGCGGUGGUGGCUGUGGUUGUGCGGAUCCCAGGCUUGGGACAGAGCCCGAAUCUCAAGCGGCCGAACAAACGUGGAAAUCGACGCGAGUCCAGACCGCUAAUUGCCACGGGGGCCGGGGGUGUCGCCCACCAGCUCUCGUUGCAGGGGCGCGUUCGACGAGCGAGUUCUCCUGCCGUUUGGAAACGGUGGCGCUGCGAAUCGUCGGCGACACAGAGCUGCUGCGAGCGCAUGACGCGUGGAAGGAACAAUCGGAACUUUUCGUGCUGCCAGCAUUGGCGCCGCGGCGAUCCGUGGGUGCGUUGAGGACGGACCACCGCGUCGUUUAGCGCUUGCAUUGUCAACAGGAGGGUGGAGUAUAAACACGCACGCAAUGAGGGAUGAAAAAGUUGUUUUAUUACUCGCUUGGGAGUGGCGUGCCCUUGAGUCAACGAGUGCCUGCAGUGCAACAGAAUGCAAAGUCGGUGAAGGGUUUUUGCCGAUAAGCAUUCGACUGCAGUUGUAGUUCUGUAUAUUUUUAGUACAUACUGACGUGUAUGAAUUUAAAUGUGAAUGUUAAAAGUACGAUUUGCACACCGAAUGUAUAGUCGCAGGUAGUUGACUAAUUGUACUUUGUGGGCGAGAGUGAUCGUUUGACUACACACACACACACGGCUUAAAUGCACAAAUGCAUCUUCCUGCCGAUUCGCUCUAUUAUUGGCAAUGGAAACAAGGUCACAUUUUUAUUCUAAAAACUAGGAAGAAGAAUCGUGCGUAUGUAUUUAUGUUGAACUUCUUUCGCACUGAACGUAACCAACCGUGCUAAUCGGAGGUGCGGAUGUAUGGAUUCUGCACCGCUUUCCAAUAGGCUUUGCUGAUGGAAGUAUUUAUUCAGCGAUGAGAACGAUACGUUCCAAACCACACGGCGAGAUGACAACACACGGCACGUGAUGUGAUGCAAAUCCUAAUUGCAACAUAACUUUACACGAACAUUAAGUUCGUAUGGGAUGAACUUUGAGAUAGUUACGUCCCCUACAGACAAGUAAGAUAUUACAUUUCGAUUUAAAGCUUUCGUGACUGCAGGGAUUCAUCUUCUUGGUUCUUUCGGUAAAGUCACGUAGAAGGGAAGUAAUAAAAUAAUAAAAAUAAAACAAUAAAAUAAUUCUCACGACGUUUCGGCCACAACGCAAGCAGCCGUCUUCAGGUGAAGAAUGAGACACUGUCAAGCUUGGAGCGUAUACAUAAGCUGGGUUGGAGGUGGAAGAAGAGCGCCUUGACAAAAGAAUUUGCAUAUCAAAAGGAAUUUAGCAUAUUAAUGAAAAUGCGUAGGAGGUGGGCAGGGGGGUUUCAAAGUCAUAUGCCCAUGCAUUAUGCAGGAUUAGCAGCAUCAAAGGGAGGGGGUAGGGGGUAGCAUUAACAAAGAGAGGGAAGGUUAAUAGUAUGUAGAAGCCACGAAACAUGUCAAUGGGAGAGCGGCGUCAGGAAACCCGCAGUGGAGCAAAUAAUGCAUUCCCUGUGGAGAACACAAGAUACACAGUCAAUGCCAGUGAGUGGACUGCGGUCUGAAAGUCAAGGCGCUCUUCUUCCACCUCCAACCCAGCUUGUAUAUACGCUCCAAGCUU